AUGGGGCAUAAUAACGUAGGUAACUCCUUGCAAAGAAGAGCAAGAUGCUGGAGUAUUUACCGAAGGAGAUAUAACAACUGGUCUGAACAAGUCAGUUCUGGCAUUCGUCCUUCAUCCCACCAGCAGCAAGAUGGAGAUCCAGCAACAAAUGGCACUCACAUGAGCACCCGAGUAAGAUACACUCCCUAUGCCAUUCCACCAUGUCAUUGGAGAGGCAAUUUUCAGAAACAAGACCAAGUCCAAGCUAACAUGGAGGGAGAGCAAAAGCCUCCAGAGAGAAAAAUGGAGGGGGAGAGGCAGGAUGAGACCUCGGGGAGCUGGUUCAAGAUCAUAAUUCCAUUUGGCAUCAAAUAUGAAGAGACGUGGCUGCUGAAUCUGAUUCAGGGACAAUGCAGUGUCCCCUUCACCCCAGUUGAAUUUCACUAUGAGAAAAUGCAGGCCCAGUUCUUUGUUGAGCAUGCCAGCAUUGCCUUUGCAUUGAAGAGUGUCAACGGGAAGAUCUGGGAUGAGAAUAAUGAAAGGGUCUCUGUCUUUGUCUACCCCUCUGAUGCACCCCACUCUGUGCAGAAGGAGCUGAUGUCAGAAAAGGUGGAGCAGACAAAGCUUUUGCCCUUGAACCGAAGCGACAAGAAGCCUUACCAGUGGGAUGGCCCAUCCAGCAUUAUGCAGAAUGCCUCCAGUAUCAAGCCCUUGAACAGUGAGGUGAAGUCCGCAGGGGAGUUGGACAAGAGCAAAAGCCUGCAGCCAGAAGAGAUGAGUGCCAACAGAAGCUCCCUGUGCACCGCCUUUCCUGAUAAAUCAACCAACAUAAGCUCCAUCCUGGAAUUGUUUCCCAAGUUAUUAUGCCUGGAUAGCCAGGAGUCGCCUUCACCAACCAGCAUUGGUAUUGCAGCUCACAAGAAGUUACCAACCUGCAAGGGAAGCUUCUUUGGAUCUGAUGCACUGAAGAGUCUAAUCCUGCAAUUCCUACUGCAGUACUACUUGAUCGACGACUCUGGAGACCGUCAGGGUCUCCUCAGUGCCUACCACGAUGAGGCCUGCUUCUCCCUGACCACUCCCUUCAACCCCAAGGACCCAGCCCUAAGCAGCUUGUGUGAAUACUUCAAGGAGAGCAGGAAUUUGAAGAAACUUAAGGACCCCUCCCUGCGUGUUCAGCUGCUGAAGCAUACAAAGUGUGACAUCGUGCGCUCCCUCUGUGUGCUGCCCAAAACUCAGCAUGACCUCAGCUUCUUCGUGGUGGACAUGUGGUUCCAGACGGAGAUGAUGAUCUGCUUCUCCGUCAAUGGGGUAUUCAAGGAAGUGGAAGGAAUGUCUCAGGAUUCUGUUCGCACCUUCACCCGGACCUUCAUCGCUACCCCUGUCAGCAAUUACAGCCUGUGCAUCAUGAAUGAUGACCUGUUUGUGAGGGACGCCAGCCCCAAGGAAACUCAGAGCACAUUCUCUAUCCCAGUGCCCGCACGCUCCUGCAGUUCCUGGCCCACCCUCUGCCAGAAGCAGCAGGAAGUGGUACAGACUUUCUCCACUCAGUCUGGGAUGAAUCUCCAGUGGCUUCAGAAGUAACUUCAUGACAGCCAGUGGGACUACGGAGGUUCUCACUUGGCCCAAGAGGGAGUGGAGUGGGAGGGGAGAGAGCUCAUCCGUGACGCGGGGCGCUCACGUGACGUGGAGCUGCAGAGCGACGCAGCCUUCAGUGCAGUCGUCACUCCCGUCUGGGUACCUGCUCCCCGGUGUCCUGCGCCCGGCGGGCUGGCGUCAGGCCCGAGGAAAGCGGAGCAGGACUGCGGGCCUAGGUGUCAAGUGUCGCGGCGGCGCCCACACGGCGAGAAUCGGGAGAAGGAGGAGACAGCAAGGAUAGGCCCAGGUCGGUGCGGGGGACAGAGUGGGGGUCGGGUGCAGAGCCGAGUUUGA